AUGAUCCGCUUUCGCGGGAACCACUACAAGCAGCUGCUGACACAGCUACCGCGCAAUCUGUUGGUCUUUGAUGGGCAUUGCCUGCUUUGCCAAGCCCGCGUGCGUUACGUACUGGAGCGCAACUUUAGCUUCUUUAGUCUCCUCAGCUAUGUGAUGUGUAGAGUAGAGGACGACCUCGCAGAGGGUCUGGACCGCCACCGGAUCUAUUUCGCCUCCCUCGACUCGAAGGAAGGAGCCAAUGUGCGCCGCUUAUUCUUUCAGCGUACGCCUUCCUCCUCCGCAGCGUGCGCGUCUUCCUCGAUGGCGCCGCCGCAGCCGGUGCUCCCUGUGCCCGAAGACCUUGUACUUGUGUUCAUCGAGAAGGUGCCCUCUCAGACAGCCAAGUUCCUCGCCUGUGUGCGGCCAGGCGGGGUUGCCGCGGAUGACCGCACGCUCUUUCAAAACACAACGACAGCGGCUACCUAUGGUCGCGGUGUUGCUGCCUCUGCGUCGACGACGUCGUCGUCCUCCACCGCCAGUGCGCGGCUCGUCGACGCUGCUGAGACGGACCUCUUCGUCUCCACUAACUAUACGGCUAUGUGUCGGGUCGGCAUGCACCUCGACCGGUUUCUCAUUCGCCUCCUCUUCCGCUUCCUGUACUGCGCCGUGCCAACCUCGAUGGGCGACUACUGGUUUGAGCGAUACGUGUGUUGCCGUCGGAAGAACAUUUGGGGCACCUCAGAGCAGGAUGCGGUGAAGGUUAGCGGCAUUAUUGAGGGAAUGGUGGAGCGUCGGUGGGUGUGGCGAGGGGUCAGCAGCAACCCGCCGCGGCGAUAA